CUCUUAAUCAGAGGAGGAAGCUUAAACUUCACUCCUCUGAAAGCAAACCCGUGUGACUGUUUCCUCCAGUGCAUCAGCAAUGACUUUCUGGGAGACUGUGCUUUGCGCUUUCUUAGCGUGCCUCUUGGCAACCCUACUUGGUGGACUCCAUAAAAUAGGAGCAUUUCGCAAGAGGAAACCCAAGGAACCCCCCUUGGACAAAGGCUUCUUUCCAUGGCUCGGACACGGGCUAAGUUUCAUUCGGAGCCCUGAAGAGUUUUUGCAAAGGAUGCGGAAGAAACAUGGGGAUAUUUUCACAGUUUUGCUCGGAGGCAAUUACAUGCAUUUUUUGAUUGAUCCUUCUACUUAUGAACCCUUAACGAAGGUUUCAAAACAAGUGCUGAGUUAUUUUAAAAUUACAUCAAUGGUGGCACGUAAUGUUUUUAACCUUCACUCUAGAGAAUCUCAGCUCCAUAGUUUUAAAAAAAUGAGUGAUAAGUAUCUCGGAGGGAAGUAUCUACCUGUCCUGAACCAGGUGAUGAUGGAGAAGUUGAAGUCCGUGAUGCUUCUCAGCCAGGAUUCAGGUGAGGGGAAAAGAUCUUGGCAGCAGGAGGGAGUCCUCUACUUCAACUACAAAACUGUCUUCCAAGCCUCCUUUCUGACUUUGUUUGGCAAUGAGCCACACAAAGAUGUAGACAGCAAAGAAAAUGCUAAGGAGAAUGAAAUGACACAACGUGGAAACUUGUAUGAAAAUUUUGAGAAAUUUGACUUUUUCUUUCCCCAUAUGGUCAGCGGCAUACUAGACCCUCUGAGCAAGAAGGAGACAGAGAGAUUGAAGAAGUACUUCUGGGACAUUCUCUCAGUAGAAAAGUUGUAUCAAAGGGACGGUGUCAGCAAUUGGGUAGCUGAGCUAGACCGGCAGUUAUCUGAGCCUGGGGUUACUGAAAAGAUGCGGAGUCAAUUUCAGCUGCUGCUUCUCUGGCUAUCUCAAACUAACAUUACCCUAGCUACCUUCUGGAUUCUUCUGUAUCUCUUGAAAUAUCCAGAAGCAAUGAAGGCAGUGAGGGAAGAAGUGGAGAGAGUUCUAAGAGAGACCGGUCAGGAGGUCGUAGCAGGCGGCCCCUUCAUCAACGUGUCCUUGGAUAUGAUCAAAACUCCUCUUCUGGACAGUGCAAUAGAGGAAACUCUGCGCUUGAAAGGGUCUGCUUUUAUCUUCAGAACCGUGAUGCAGGAAAUGGAUAUUAAGAUGGCCGAUGGCAAAGAAUAUACUCUCCGGAAAGGUGAUGAUCUAGUGCUGUCGCCUUUUCUUGCACUGCAAACAGAUCCAGAAAUCCACCCUGACCCUCACACAUUCAAAUACGACAGGUUUGUGACCCCAGAUGGGAUAAAAAAGGAGUUCUACAAGAAUGGGAAUAAGCUAAAGUAUUACAGUAUGCCUUUCGGUGGUGGAACUGGACUUUGCCCUGGGCGAUUUUUCGCUGUUAAUGCAAUGAAGAUGUUUGUCUUCUUGAUGCUGGCCUACUUUGACAUGGAACUGGUUAAUGCAGAAGAAGAAAUGCCUACGAUAGAUGUAAGAAAACAUGGGUUUGGAACUGAAAGACCAUCUCAUGAUGUUCAGUUCAAAUACCGAUUGAGAGUCUGAAGGGAACGUCAUUUAGGCUCAAAUCCUCUGCACAGUGCCCUGGAGUCAGCCCUUUGGAUUGCUUCCAAGAAAAUAUGCAUAGGAUUGCCUUAUCAAAACAGGGUUUUAUUUCAAACUAACAAGUGGGCUCACAGUUAAAUUCUUUUUCUUCUUCUUAAAAAUAUUAUUUUGCAAAUACGGAGUCUUUCGGCAUGUCUAUACCUAAGGAGGGGAGGGGGAGGUUCCCACAAUAUGAUGAUCGUGAGAUCCUCCACCUCAGGCCUCAAGUGGCAUUUGAUGUCCUGGGAGGAAGAGGAUGUCGCGCCUGCCAUUUUUGAUUGUUGUUUCUUUAUUGAAAAUAAGCACACGAAUGCUCCAUCAAAAAGGUUAGUUUUUUUUUAAAAAAAAUCCCGCUCCCCCUCCCACCCCGAUAGACACAGAGCUCCUGAGCAGCUCCGUGCCCCAUGCCCAGUCCCCUCUUCAUCGUUUACUCCUGAGGAGCCGUGAGGAAACCAGGAUGGCUGCCCACACCUCCUGUGGUCUCAGGACAAUCCCAAGACCUCGCGAAAAGUUGGGAUUAAAGCCGUAAAGGGAAGGAUCAUCCCUCCCUGCCCUGGGAUCCCCUGUGCAUCAUGUGGACGCACAGGAAUGAUUCCGGGGCAAUCCCUGGGAUUUCGCCUGAUCUAGACAUGCCCUUGAUUAUAAUGCAGCCUGAGGGCAAAGAGAAUGAAACCUGGCUUUCAUAGUAAUUUUGACUAGCAGUUAUUAGCUUUGUGAAGUUCUGAGUGGAAGACUUUUUGUAAAAUAUUAGCUCAUAUUCAAAGGUGUCUCUUUUGAGGGUGGGGUUACGAAAAAUAAAAAUAAACACUGAGGUCCAAAAAAGUGACCAUGUUAUUUUGUAAUUAUGAAAGGAGAACAGUUUCCUGUAGCUCUUGGCUAACCUGCUUAUGUUGCAUAUGGUUCCUCUGUCAGUAAAUGCAUGAAGUCGAGAUGAGACAUACAUGGCCACUACCUUAGGGAGAGGUUCAGUGGAGCAGUAGUGAGCUCCAGACAGACAUACUACCUUGUCUGAUCAUUUCUUGAACAUUGGACCAGAGUCUUUGAAAGUUCAUGCCGUGAUAAACGACAUUUCCCUAGAUGCCAGAACACAGGUGUCCUCAUUAAGAGCACAGUGACAACUCUAAUCAGUUGUACAAUCCCCCCCUUAAACAAAAAUCUGUUUUCAUUCCUCACCAAUGCCUGAAGUAACUGAUCCUACAAGCAGUGGUAAUACUAAGAAAAAUACUUUGCAUUUAUUGAAUGAU